AUGUCUUCGUCACCUAUUACUUCCAACCACACCGGCAUUGAUGCUUCCUCCAAUCCAAUCACCGUAACGCCUGGCACUCCUAUUCAUAUCUCAAAUGUUACCCUCUCUGCAGAAGCGGCGAAAUCGAUCUUAGAACUCAUCAUGUCUACUCGCGGCAGCGCUGAACGUAACCCCGUUUCAAUUCCAAUUACUGCUCACCCGAGUGUCAAACAAGGCAUUGAUCAGUGCAUGAACUGUGGUAUCUUUGGCCACCGUACAUUUCAAUGCGCUCAUGUCGGACGUACCCCUGAAGGUAUUCCUGAGUGGCGCCGUACCACUAACGGAAAGAUUUACAGCGUGAAGGCGCUACUUGGGAUGCAUCCUUACCAAAAGUGGACUAUGGAUACGCUAUUGGAAGAUCACUCGAGUCAAAACAUGAAGACUCGAUCUACUCCACCUUUUGAGACACCAGCCGUUGAGACGAUUGAUUUAAACACUCCGUCACCCACUCCGCGGGCUACCACCUCGAAAACGAUUACGUCCUCUCGAUCGAAGGGAAAGGAAACUUUGCACCAAGCAUUCAAUCCGGUGGUGACCCCAUGGAAUGAUUGGUCCAAGGUCUGGAGUUGGAAACCCAAAAGUGUCACUGCUGCUGCUGCCAUCAGCGAAGCUGUGGCAGGCAGGAACCAUAUUCCCGUCACCGUCGGGCGGGCUCUUGUCCUAUCGAGGAGUGAUUGA